AUGGAUUCAAUCGACUUACUCAGUGAGUCAAAGCAAAGGGAGAAUCAUUUACAAAAAGCCCAUCAAGCUGUUCCAAGGGAUAUCGAGAAACUUGGUGUUGGUGUUACCAAAGAGGCGCAGAGUAUCUUCGACGCGUUGUCUGAUAAGUAA